UUUUUUUUGCUCUGCUGUGGCCCACACUCACGUCGACGUCAGAUAAUUAGCGUGUAGGUUAUGAGCUCUUUCGAUGAUUCGUCAAGAAAUCACAAAGUCCGACAACACGUCCGAGCGGAACCGUUAACAUCCAGAAUAAAGAGGGGGUGGGAUUUACCGAGAAACACCGGAAACACCCAGUGAUGUUUGGAAGUGAAGGCUUUGUCAACAAAAUACUGCAUUAUUACUGCAUCACAAUCUUCAAACUAAACCAGCUCCAGUGCGUUUGAUAAAGGAACAAAAAGAAAGAUGCUUAUUAAAGUAAAGACACUCACAGGAAAAGAGAUAGAGAUUGACAUAGAGCCCACAGAUAAGGUGGAGCGGAUUAAAGAGAGAGUGGAAGAGAAAGAAGGGAUCCCUCCGCAGCAGCAGAGGUUGAUCUACAGUGGGAAACAGAUGAACGAUGAGAAAACUGCGGCAGACUACAAAAUCCAAGGAGGCUCCGUUCUCCAUCUGGUACUAGCUCUGCGAGGAGGGCAGGCUCCCCACUUUCCCAGAAGUCUGUGCUCAGACCCGGCUGUGUAGCCAUUACUUGAAAACAUGCCUUUUGCCUUUUUCGGAUGCCGACAGGAAGCAGAUACGCCGAAGACACACAGUUUACAAGGCUGCUGAGUCGCCUCUUGGCACUGUUGGGUUACACAGAGCCGUUGGUAGAAAGAGUUAGAUCAGGUUCUGCUUGCUUAAGCCACUUUUUCUACUGUUGGCUUGAAACACUCCCCUCCCUAUGUAACACUGCCCUACAGAGCCUUUUUGUGUUUAAGCUUCCAUGGCAGAAAGGUCACAGUUACUGUCUGAAAGAUUGACAACAAAAUAGUUGUUGGAGAAGUUACUGUAGGCCACUCAAGCCAUUCUGUCUUUUGACGGUUUCGCAAGUGAGCACAGAGGUUGUCUUUGCUCCCCUGAUAAUCAAUCAGAGAUAACUGUAGCUCAAAAAAGACCCUUUAGACACCAACCCUUUAAUUUAAGUCUUUGCUGUCAGAGUCUUUUCAGUUUCUUCUUUCUAUUCUUCACAAAUUACUCCAAUUAAGGCGUAGACUACUAACAUUGAAUGAGCGUCAAUGUUUCUCAGUUUGAUUGUAAAAGAUGGACAAGUGCUUAUUUAAAAAAUAUGGUCGACAUUCGCAAUAAUGAAGUAUUAACUUGCUGUGUGAAACUUUGAUGUGAAGAUUGAUACCACACAGACAUUUGUAUGAGAAAUGCUAAUGGCUAUAUACACCCUGGCUAGUUGAGAAGCUAAGAAGCUAAAUCCUCUUUGACACCACUUAUAAACUUCACUUAUUAAGAAUUUAAAUCGUGUUUGUUUAUCUGUAUGUAAACCAAAGUUUGAAUUACAUUUGGUAGCUUUACAGACAUAUAUUGGCUUCACAAAUAUUCAGUGGAGACUCCUGGAUGUUAUUGAUCCCAGCCAGGAAAUAUGUCGCGUUCCAUAUUUUCUCGAGUUUCCAAGUCGUAAUUACGACUUCAGGGGGCGUUGCAGUCGACACUUCUGUAAGGGAACUCGGAAUGUCCGACUUCCGAGAUCAACUGGAACGCAGAUAUGCUGCGUUCCAGUUGAAUUCCGAUUUCCCAGUCGGAAAAAAAAGGAAGCCGAGUUCAGAUCCAAUACGGCUGCUACGUGCAUCGAAAGGGAUGUUUUAAGCUGUCGAGUUUAUUAGCAGCUAAGUCGUCUUUUUGUGUAAUUAAAUCAAUCAAAACGAUGGUAUCGUGCGAGUUCUCUCUGUGGAGGUGUUUUCAUGUUGUUUUCUGUCAGAAACUAUCACAGUGUUAUCGUCUGGUAUUAGCUAACAAAACAAUGGUACUCCUGGAGGCGUCCGUGUUGCUUUUCUGACUUGCAACUGGAACGCAGAAAAACUCGGGUGUGACGUCAUUCAGUUCCGAGUUCCGAGUUAAUGCCACGUUCCAUUUAACUCGGAAGUCGGAAAUUCCGAGUUCCGAGGUAAAUGGAACGCGGCAUUAACUCGGAACUGGGAAUGACGUCAGAAUACACGCUAUGCUAGAAGAACGACGGUGUACAUUAUUAGAAAAUGCGUUAUUCAAUUUCUUAUGAAUUAAAUUAAUUCAUAACGUUUUGAUUUUGUGCUAACCGCACGCGCUACUGUUUUGAAGACGAGAGAUAAGCCUGCUGUGGAUCACCCUCGAUGUGUACUUGAUGCUGUGGAUCAUUGUGUCACUACAAUAAAAUUGAAGUUCAUGACGAAA